AUGCCUGCGGUCAGGAACGAUGCCUCCGCUCACCCAGCACCUUCGGCCUCCGCCGCUUCCGCGCCCACUCGCAGUAGCACCAGGACCCGCACCGUCAAGCCGCCUCCUAUACCGCGAACCCUUACCGGUACCAAGGCGACCAGGUCCAAGAAGGCAGCGAGCACUUCAAAGUCUGUUUCUUCUAAGAAGGGUAACGUCCAGGCCGAAGUUACUCAAACGGCGGGUCCCCCGCCUGCAACGGUCAAUAGGACAGACCAUGGCCCAAGCCAAUCCAACGAAGAAAAGACCCUAACUACGUCGAAGACGAAGACGACUGGUACGACUUCUAUCGACGACCUCCCUCGCGAAGAAAACCCAUGCCAUCCCAACGCCGCGCCGUCGCCAAGCUGCCGUGAUGGCGCAGAGGAGGAGGGAGACGAGGAUGCGGAGGGGGAGGAUGAAGACGCGGAGAGUAACAAGGACGCGGAGGAUUGGGGUAACAAGGACGCGGAGGGAGAUGCUGAUGAAGACGUGGUUCAGCCCGCGGUCCCAGAUCAAGAGCCAAGCCUGGAAGAGCCAAGCCUGGCAAUUGCUGCAGCUACAAGAGCAGGGGUUGACGAGGAGGACGCAGAGGAAGCCGAGCGCAUGUUGGACGCUGGAGACCCGCUCGACGUAGAGUCUAUCUCCGUGCCACCUCAUGGGGCGCAUCGAACCGACGGCGGAGAAGCAUCCAACCACAGGCCCGAUGUUUAUGGAGGCGAUGAACAUGGUGGGAGCGAGGAGGACCAGGGGGCUGAAGAGGACAAGAGCGCUGGCGGAUCCCAGUUGGGAGCAAAAUCCGGCGGACAGGUGGAUGGGGACUCGGUUGAUGACAGCGACUAUUCUGCUACCGAGAAGCAGAAGAGAAUCGACAAGGCGCAAAAGAAUGACCGCGAGGGACGCCCACCUUCACCCAACAGUGAAGAACUCGACGACGACGAGUGGGAAGAGGCCGAGGAUAUCGCAGCUUCACGUCGUCUCUCCAACGGGAAGAUCAAGGCUCAAACGAAGGGCACCAAUAAUUCCUCUCGUGGUGGCUCCGCAUCUUCCGCGUUACCUUCUGCUAGGAACAUGUCGGCCUCAGCUAAUCAUGCCAAUGGUCCAUUGCACGUGUAUCCUGUCCCUUCUCAAUCGCUGCCUACCGACAAUCCCUCGUGCGGUGACUCUGCUCCGUCCCCACUGCCCUCCACUGAGGUGCCGGUUGAGACGCCAGCUGCAACCAAUCGUGCUAGUCGUCCCUCAGGCGCCAACACCGCUCCUUCUCAAUCAUUGCCCACCCUCGAGGACAUCUUCGUCGGCAUGCCUCCUCCUGAGGUGGGCUCCUGUCAAGAACGGAUCAUGUCCUGCCGGUUUGUGGACUGGCCGGUCAAACCCGGUCGUCUCAGCGCAGAGGAAGAGAAACAUCUUGUUGAACUCGACCACACCAUCAUGAAGGCCGUUUGGACCUCAGCUUUCCGCAUCAAGAAGAGGCCUGACUACGUCUGGAAACAUCUUGGUGUGGAGUUGAAACCUUACCGUCAGGUGUCGAUGUGGAAUAAGUUUCAGAAGUGGUGGUGGGGUACCCAGAACAGCGCUGUAGAAGAAGAACCGACUGGCGUCGAAGACAUUGAUGAUCCCGCGCUGCCCGUUCCGAACGCAGAGAUGGUCGACGCGUACACACUACGCGGUUCCGAGGACUACUUGCGCCGCUGUGCCAUAUCGUCGGGGAAGUCAGCAGAGGAUCUUGCAAAGCUUAGCAAAGCCGAAAUUCAGCGUUGCAUCAACGAGAGGCAUCCCAUUUGGGACGAGAUUCAUAUCUACUACAACGACGAGGUAUCUCCUGCCAACAUGGACGCUGUGGACAGGGUCAGCCAGAUGAACCGGGCAAGGGAUGCCUUCAGUGCCGCAGCGCGUAUGUGGAAGGUAAUCACCGGUAUCCAUGUCAUGGGCCUUCUUUUCUACACUGGGCCCGAUGCUGCCCCUCGUAACUAUUCUUGCGCUUGGUCCGGUGACGACCUUUUGAAUGAACUGGCAACCGAGCACAACGCGGAUAUAGAGAGCAUACUGCACCAUGUCCAGACUCUCGUCAGUCAUAGAGAGUUGAACAUGCAGCGGAAGGUCCCGAAACCUUUACUCGAAAGCCGUCGCCUCGAGUUGACGCGUGCUUUGCAAAAGCGAGGGAAGGGGGACGGGCUGCUUCAGCGCCUUGCGCGUAAUUGGACGCGGAUGUGGCUAACUCUUCUCGCGGAUGCAGGCGUUAGCGACGAGGCAGCAGUUCGGCGCAAGACAAAGGCACGCGGUGUUUACGAGGUAGAAUCUUCCGACAAGGAUAUUCACAUCCAAUGGGCCGACUUGCCCAACCUCUUGUUCAAGCACCGACUUGUUGUUUACAACUGGGCCCUCACCGACAUUCUCCCAGGAGAUUUCUCACCGGGUCUCUUGAACCUGCAGGAGAUGAGGCUUGCUGUAUGCCCAUGGAUGCGUUCGAUUAUGCGAGAUGCCUACGAUGUGCCUGAGCCCGGUGGAGAAGAGGACGACAUGGUCAACGUGGACUCAGAGUCGAUGUCCAUCGAUGAAGCCGACAAGAAGACACUCAAACUCGUCCCUAUGGACGAUGAGGAUAAGGCUCUGAUUGACGAACACAAAGAGGAAGCUUUCGACAUCGUCCUUGUUCGGAACACCGAAGGGGAGCCGGUCCGCUUCAUCACAUCGAGCUCGAAGUUCAUGACCGAGAUGAAAGUCAUGGGGCCGGAUAAUCUUUAUGAAUAUGCCUGCGAUACACUCAAGGAAGAAGAACAGGAAAUGGCGAAGACACGCGAGCGCCUGGUGGAGAGGGAGAAAGAGCGUCAGCGCGCGAGCAAGAAGAAACGGGAGUCGAACAAGGCAAGGCAGCUCACGAGGGAGAUGAAGAGGCAGCUGAAGAAAACCGGCAUAACUAACUCGUCGACGCUGUCACCUGAGCCUGAGGCUCACUCGGACGUACCCAAGAACGAAGUUGACGAGCCUCAGAUGCGGCUCCCUCGUUCAAAGGAUAUCCCGCGCGCGUCAGCCCAGCAGCGCACAGCUCUGUCUGUGGAACGUUCGGCAGCAGUCACGCCACCUCCCCCUUCGCAGAACAGAGGAGCCUUGGGCAAACCAGCUGGUCGUGCCGGGAGAAUUGACCCGGUGGUGACCGACGGCUGGGGUGGAAAGUCGGCUCCGUUGGCCUCGAGAAAGCGGCUGUCACCCCAUGCUGAGGUUCUAGAGGUGGAUGAAGAUAGCCUGCCGUCUCACGCAGAGGUGGAUAAAGGUAGGAGUCGCUCGCGGAGCCUCACUCUGUCCUCCUCGCGGGCUCGAGGUGAAGCUGCUGGCGGCGACCAUCGCGUCGGUGGUGAAGGCCACUCCCGCGCUUGUAGAAGUCGAUCGCCUUCGAUUCGGGAGAUCUCCCGAGACGGUGGUACUCAGCGUGCCAAAGACAGAGGCCGCUCGCGUACCCGCAGGAGUCUGUCGAGUUCCCCUUCGCGCCGGGGACGGGAUGGUGAGAACGCUGCCGGAGGACGCGACAAAUUUCACCGCUCUCCGUCGAGGGCGUCUGCCCGAGGACGUGACAAGCGUCGCCGUUCUCUGUUGAGGUCGUCGUCGUCGCCGGAUUAUCGGGGCUACUCCAAGCACCACGACCGUUACGAUUAUUACAUGCCAAGCAUUCGUCUCGCCGCCUUGAACGUUUCGACUAUUACCCUUGCAAUGAACGAUCGCCAUCUGAGUAUUCUCGAGUGCUUCAUCACGCUCAAUCGCAUGUACAACAUUAUCAAUCGCCAAAUCGUCGUCGCCGUUCGCGUUCGCGUUCACGGUAUGUCUUACUCUUGUUCCAUCUGGAGUUAUGUCUCAACCUCCUCUAGUGAUGCAAACGAAAUUGCACGCCCGCAUAAGAAACAUCGUGCUCAGGACUAG